UGAUUUCAGCACUGCGGGUACUUAACAGCUCCACAACAGCGCUCGCAAACUCCCCAUCAGCGCGCGCUUCUCCACCGGACAGCGCAGGAGAAGCAACGCCACCGCGAGCAAGUGGAGCUGUCCAAACCUGUCAGCACUUUCUUGCCGUAGUCGUGUGAAGAGGCUGUGCUGCGAGUAGGCUAACUACACGGCGAAUAUACCAGGAGCUUCACUCCUGGUCACAACCCUAUUCAUUUCACGGACAUACAUUCAAGGAUGGCGUCAAAGAGCUUGUGGAUCCUGGUCUUCAUUCAGCUUUUAGCUUUAACGAUACAUCAGUUGUCUGCCUUCCCAACACCUGCCAAUGCUGACGAUAAAACUGUACACAACAGAGAGUUAACGGAGGAGAGACCCGUUCAAGAACAGAUUGCUGAAGCUGACAGCAUCAAAAGGGCAGACACGACAGAAUCAAAAGCCGUGGAGGAGUUGAGUGCCUUGGCAAGCAACUCAGACAGUGAUGACUUUGCAGUGCUGAAGUCACUGGCAGAAAAGUCCAAGCAAAAGGCAAACGAGACCCCCAAAUCCAGCAGAGAGCACUUCGUCCCUGAUGAGGCUGACUCCACCAAGAGCAGGAGGCUGGCAGACGACUAUGACUCCACCAAGAAUGGCAUGGACUACAAAUAUCAAGAAGAUGGCUCCCCUGCCUCGUCGGAUGACCCGGAGAGUUUCCGUCAGCUGGACGGCACUCCUCUGACGGCCGAUGACAUCGUCCAGAAGAUCGCCAAGAAGAUCUACGAGGAGGACGACAGAGGCGUGUUUGACAGGAUCGUGUCAAAACUACUCAAGCUCGGACUGAUCACAGACAGUCAGGCGGACACUCUGGAGUACGAGGUGGCCCAGGCCCUACAGGAGCUCAUCACCAAGAAUGCCAAGGACAACGAGAUCGAGGAGCCCGACAUCAGCAUGGACUACCCCAUCUCCAGGGGAGACGACAUGGACGCCGCACCAGAGGACAACAUGGAGGAGACGGACAGGCUGCCCAGCCGACGCUACGAUGAGGACGAGGAGGCAGCCAACCAAGCCAACGAGGACGCAGAGACAGAGACGGAGGCGGAGGCAGAGACGGAGAGGGAUACGGACGCUGAGGACACGGAGGACACCGAGGACACCGAGGAGAGGAACGCAGCCGCGCCAGACACCACCUGGGACGUGGCCAGCGAGGGGAACGACAGGAACGAGCUGAGCCCCGUGGACAGCCUGCAGGACCUGCAGUACUUCCCCAACUUCUACCGCCUCCUCAAGAGCCUCGACUCAGAGCAAGAUGCUGAGGAGAGGGAGACUCUGAUCACCAUCAUGAAGACCCUGAUUGACUUUGUAAAGAUGAUGGUCAAGUACGGCACCAUCACCCCAGAGGAAGGAGUCUCCUAUCUGGAGAACCUGGAUGCCAUGAUCGCCAUGCAGACCAAGAAUAAGUUGGGCAAGACCCUGGGGAUCCCAGUGCUGACGCCACCCACAGGUAAGCUGACAGACGAUGAUGACAACACUAAGGCAGAGGCAGCCAAGAUGCAGAAGGAGUAUGAGGCUCUGAAGGACUCCACUAAAGACGCACAGGCUGCUACAGAGACCAGCCACCCAGCCAAGUCGGAGACGUAUUUGGAGGCCAUCAGGAAGAACAUCGAGUGGCUAAAGAAGCACAACAAAGAUGGCAACAAGGAGGAUUACGACCUGUCCAAGCUUCGGGACUUCAUGGACCAGCAGGUGGACAGCUACAUUGACAAGGGCAUCCUGGAGAAGGAGGAGGGGGAGGUCAUCAAGAGGAUCUACGGCAGCAUGUAGACACCAGCCCACCCGCUGCUUCUCUCUGCUCCUGGGCCACCUCUCUACUAGGCUAUGGCAUCUACUGUAUGUGAUUGUUCUAUACGCUGACGGAGAAAUGACAAUUAUAUUGGAUUGUACUGUAAACGCCUCCAUCCGACUGGUUAAACUGAAUAUGAAUGCAAUAACGACAACAUUGCUAAGAGCCUUCUAGUAUUGACAGCAUCUGGUUGAAACAUGUUAGCUCUGGGUAGCAAGUAGAUGAAUACCAGUCAAACAAUUACCUGACAAUACUUUUUAAUAAUCUAUAAAUUACUAGCAAAACAAUAACCAAAAAACACCUAUUUAUCGAUCCCGACGGAAACCUGCAAACUAGGACACUGCCUUCCUCACAUGACUCACCCCUCUGUCUCUAAUAUGGAAUGAAUGGGUGAAAUUAUUUUAGACCAUAGAAUGACGAUCACACUUGUAGCUGUUUGCAUCUACUCCUGUUUUGCAAUAGACAACCAAGACCUUUGCAUUCAAAAUUGUAUCCAUUCUGUGUAAUCAGUCCUAGAAUGUUAUUGUUUCUCUAAUGUAAGCAUAACAAUCGUGUCAACAGCUGUUUCAUUCAACCAAAAAAAGUUCUGUUUCGAGGUCAUCCGAGUGGCAUUUCUCUUUAUUCCGUUUUGUUUAUUGUUGUUUGUCCAUGUGAAAAACGGAUCUUUGUUUUUUUUCAGACUUCUGCACCUGCAAUAUGGUUAUUAUCUUUCGCACGUCUCAGUAUGUUUUACUGUUCACUACUCUAGACGACACAGAAUCAAGUAUUUUUAAAUGUAAAUAUGUGAUUUUUUCCAAAAUGUAAACGCGAAUAAAACAUUGCCUUUCUUU